GAAAAACUGUGGACAUGGUUGAAGUUAGCCUGCUAGCCGUUUUAGGCUGUUUAUUUUUAUGGCAAAAUGUUCAGUGAGAAGUGAUAUUUUAUCUGCUGAUGAAGGAGAAUGUGGCGGGGAUGUGGCUAAAUAAUGGGAAACGUUUUUGGGAGAAAGAGUCAACCUUCUCGUGUAACGGAACAAGACAAAGCCAUUUUGCAAUUGAAACAGCAGAGAGAUAAACUGAAGCAGUACCAAAAGAGAAUCACCCUACAGCUGGAGAAAGAGCGACUUCUGGCAAAGCAGUUGAUAAAAGAUGGCAGAAAAGAAAAGGCUCUGUUGCUUCUUAAGAAGAAGAGAUAUCAGGAUCAGCUACUAGACAAGACAGAAAAUCAGAUUUCUAAUCUGGAGCACAUGGUGCAGGAUAUUGAAUUCAUGCAAAUUGAGAUGAAAGUCAUCGAGGGGCUUAAGGUUGGCAAUGAUUGUCUGAAGAGUAUGCAUGAGAUCAUGUCAGUAGAAGAUGUGGAGAGAAUCCUGGAUGAGACCCAGGAAUCAAUUGAAUAUCAAAGGCAAAUAGAUGAAUUGCUGGCUGGAUCCCUGACGCAGGAGGAUGACGAUGCUGUUUUAGCAGAGCUGGAAGCUAUCACUCAGGGAGAAGAUGUAGCACUACCAGAGGUCCCAAGUGAUCCGAUACCAGAGGUCCCAGAGGCAGCUAAAGCUGAGCCAGAGAGGAGAGAAGCGAGGAACAAGCCAGACAAAGAGAUGCUGGCGGCCUAACAGACUCGAUCUUUGGUUAAUAUUCAGUGUUUUCCUCCCAUUAGAAUAAGCUCUCUAUGUCCUGAUGGGGAUUGUUAAUUUAAGUAUUUCAUCCUUUGUUGUUAGUGGUUACUUGCAGAUUGCAUUUGGGUUUGCUGCUCCUCUCAAAUAACUGCAUAAAGGAAGUGAAAUGUUUUAUUCCUCUGUGUCUGACUGCAUUAAAAUUAAUGUCACAUUGUAACUGUGCUGGUUAUGGCAUAACUGAAAUAACAGGACUCAUUUUUAGAUGUUUUACACAUAAAAUUCAGUUGUUUCUACGCAUUAAAUUGAG